AUGCAAACAAGAAAAACGCAUAUAAAGUCAGUUGUCAAGAGAUUUUCAGAAGCUGUUGAUCUGCGAAAAAGUCAAGUAAAUUCUUUUGUCACACCAGUUUCAAGUGAAGCUAGUUUAUCUUCAAGUGCCAAUCAAGAAAUCAAUUUGAAAUUAAAAAAUUCAAAUGAUAAGCAGGAAAAAUCGAAUGAAACUGAGGUAUUAAGUUUUGAUUACAAUGAUCAGCUGAGACAACAACUUCAGCAUCGUAAAGCAGCUAAGAUAAUUUAUAGAAAUCGCGAUGCAACACCUGCGACAUUAACAUGCGAAGACAACUUAAAUCAAGGAGAUUGUAAAAAUAUUAAUCCAAGAUUCAAUUCAAAUAUUCAAGAUUUAUUCAAAAAUUUAAAACCACCAAAAAUUGAAAGAAAAUCUUUUGAGUUAGAAAAUCAAGAUUUGGACGAAAUCUCAAAUCAACUUGAAGAAGCCUUCGCAUUAGAUCUUCAAACCUUUUCAAAGAAAUCAAUCAUUGAAAAGAAUGAAGUAAAGAAGAAGGAAAAUAAAUUUAUGACAGCAAGAUUAACAGAAGUUGAGUUUGAUGUUUAUGAAGACGUCAGUUUGAUUGUUCCAAAAGGAACGAAAGAAGCUGAAAGAGUUGAACAGCAAAAUGCACGAAUGCAUUACUUAACAACCGGACUUGGAAAACAACGACCAAAAGGCCAAGCAUUUACUCAAACUGAAAAUUUGAAAUCAAUGAUAUUGCAACGAUUACUUGCUGAAAAUAAUUUCCGACCACAACAAAAGAAAAUUUUCAACAUGAAAUCGACAACAAAGAAUGAAAACUCAUCAAAUUUAAACUUUCUCUGGUGUUACAAAAGUGAAGAAACAAAUGGAAAACAUGUCGUUGCCAUGUGCUUGUGUCCUGCUAAUCUGAAUAUUCUUGCAGUCGCUUACGGCGUCUACUAUUUAACUGAUGAUGUUGACAGAAGUUCAGGUGAUGUUCUUAUUUGGAAUUGCAAAAACCCGGUGAAUCCUGAACGUUCCUAUCGGUUUAAAGAGUCAGUCACAGCUGUAGAGUUUUCACAUAAAAAUCCACAACUUUUGGCUGUUGGACUUUACAGUGGUGUUGUGGAAGUUAUUGACAUAACAGAAAAUAAUCCUAAUGAAAAUUCUCCAAGUAUAGCAAAAAGUGAAAGAAAAUCAUCUCCGGGUGUUGAACCUGUUUGGAAGUUUGAAUGGGUUCCAAAUGAAGAUAAUGAAUUCAUUCUAUCAGUGUCACAAGAUGGUCGUGCUAUGAAAUAUGAAUUGUCAUCUGGUCCUUAUCUGACUGGCUACAAAUUGGCUUAUUUAGAUCGUGUUGAAGGUGAAGUUCUCGGUUUAAGCAACAAGCACAAGAAGGAAUUUGUUGAAGCUAAUCAACAUCCACAGGCAUUGUGUUUAAAAAUGAUUCCAAUGACUGACGAUAUGUAUAUGAUUGGCACUGAUGAAGGUUGUAUUCAUAUUUAUUCAACAAAAUUGCCAAAUCAGCAAAUUGAAAUGUUUCAAGCACAUCAAGGCGUUGUUUCAGUUAUCGAUUUUUCACCUUUCUCGCCAAAGAUAUUUCUUAGUUCUGGAUCUGAUUGCAUGAUUCGUAUUUGGAUUAUGAACAUUUAUCAACCUAUAUUUGAGUUAUCUUGUGAUUAUGAUGCUGUCAACAGCGCAUAUUGGAGUCCAAUUGAUUCAACAAUUAUCGCAAGUUGUACACAUCGAUCAAUUAAUAUUUGGGAUUUAAGACAAAAGGAUUUGAAACCAAUUAUAACGCAAACCUUUGAUGAUGAACAAUUGACAAUCAUUAAAUUAAGUUCAUCUGGAAAUUCCUUAAUUGUUGGUGAUGACACAGGAAAAUGUCAUGUUUACUCUUUGGACAAGUUUUCUUCAUCAACUUCCUAUCAAGAUCAGUUCGAAGAAUUGGAAUCAUCAAUUUACAGAAUAAUUGGCAAUAAUGCUGAUCUUCAAAUUAAAAUGGAUAAAAUUGGAAGUCUUAAAUAUUAA